AUGACUUUCCUUUCCUAUUUAGUUUUGUUUUGUAAUUGUGAUAUCAUUGUAGCUUUUUGAGAAUUUAAAAACUAUCUAGAAAGUUCCUUAUAAAGCAGCUAAUUACAAACAGAAUGAAAGGUUAUCUGUUCAUUGCAGCAGCGCUCAGUGUUGCACGCAUUCAUUGUUCAGACUGCCCUAACAAUGAUCUUCAAACGGAAUGCUUGGAUCUUGUGUGUGGUCCACACUUUCAUGUUGAGUGCCUAACGGGUAUAUGCACUUGCAAUCCCAAUGCAAGCCACUUUUGUUUGAAAACGACAGACUGUUAUGAACUGUACUUUAAUGGGACACUUACAUUUUGUGCCGAUUCCUGGCAUUGUGUAGAUAACGGAUGCAGAUGUAUUGAAAAAGUUGGCAAUUAAUUUUACACGUUCUUUAACUUGUCUGAUCUGUUGGAAUAUUCAUAAUAAAUUGUCA